GAAGAAAAACGGCAACAGCGACGGCGCCGAGAAAUCGCUAUGGCUGAGAAAAAUACGAUGACUCUAGAUGAGCAGCAAGGUUCCCCAGUGGUCAGCAGCACAUUAUUGAGUUCAGAAGGUGCCAAAGAACAACUCAUAGAAGAUUGUGAAGAAUUGUGGAAACAAAUGGAAGAGUGUCAGAACAUAUUAACACUUCAAGAAACAGAAGCACUUUCAAAUUCAAAUCCCAAGCUUUCCUUGUUAAUGAAAAGGGUGAAGGCUCUUUCAGCGGAGCUUUACCAAUGGCAGAAGAGAAAACCAGACGUACUUCCCGUGAAUCCAGACGUUCUGACAGCAUUAGGAAGACACCAGUUGCAGGAAGUAGAGCAUGAUCUUGAAAUGGUGCUAUCAACAAUUCAAGCAAAGAACGAAAAACUGAAACAAGACUUAGUAAGGGAACAGCAAUGGUUGGAGGAACAGCAGCAAUUAAUAGACUGCCUCAAUCAAACAGAGGAAGAAAAUCGCAAUCAAGUUGUAGAGUUUUCUGAAGAAAGAGCCUUUCAAGAAAUCAAAACCAAAAUGCUGAGAAUAAAAACGUAUAAGGAUAAGAUCUUGAAUGCUCUGGGCAAGUUCCUUGAAGAACAUUUUCCUCCCCCUGAUGCUGGAACUACAAGAAAGAAAAGACGUUCGUCUGUAGAGCCAGAUGUACAACUAUUAUCAUUAUAUGAAAUUUUAGAGACCCUUAUCCACAAACUUCAAAAUACACCACAUGAUCCAUAUGUAUCAAUCACCACAUCGUUCUGGGCUCCUUAUAUUGAACUUCUGCUGCGAAAUAGCAUUGCAUUAAGACAUCCAGAAGAUCCAAACAGGAUACGUCUAGAAAAUUUUCACCAAUAGCAAUAUAUAGUAAGAUGGAAGUCAUCGCCUAAUCAGUAAAAUAACGUUAAUUAGAAGGGGUGUAACUUCUUGCUUCGGCUUGAGAAGAUAGCAUUUCUGCUGCUACAGAUCUUUCAUGCAGGUUCUCAUAAUGUUUCUGUAAUGUUGGAACUACAUCGCUCUAUUUCAAUGUGAGAUUUUAAUUAGUUCUUUGUUACUUUUACUACUAUUAGCAAAUUAUAUUUUAUCCUGAAAACCAUCCAGACCAUUAAAAUAAGA